AUGCUCGAAUAUGAAGCUUCCUCGAACUCAACCGUGUCGCUUUUCAGCGGCAUGGUAGUCGUAAUGAGGCCACCCGUUCUCCUACCGUCGAUCUGGCCGAUCCUCGAAAGUUCAACCACGCCAACAACGACAACCCCUGUACACAUUUCGACACCCGUGGAGGAUCUUCCGUCGCUUGUAACUCCUACCCCUGACCGUGUCCGGAAUUCAGACCCUCCUGUCGUUUCGAACGACCUGGUUCAAGGGCCGUCGACGCAGAAUGACCCGCAGCAACCUUCGCCGACUGAACCACACCCCGGAGCCUCAUCAGCUCACUCGACGGCGUCUACAGGAGCAGCGGACGCAGGUAACCUCGUUGAUCCUGGAUCAUCGUCGGACGGUGGCCAAUUCUCACUUCCUCAGACGGGUACAACAUCAUCGCUAUCGGGAUCUACUUCAACUCCCGCAACUUCAGCGUCCACAGCCGACGAUGCUGAUCAAAACGAUCAAGACACCUCACCAUCCCCCGCCAAUGCCUCGAAUUCGUCAUCUACGAGCGCCAUCGAACAUACGAGAACGAUGGGCGUUGACCCUGGCAUCUUCAAGAACAUUCGCGUUUACUGGACUGCGUUCAUCGUAUAUUGGGGUAUCGUCUUGUUUGGCUACGAUACAGGUAUUGGCGGCGGAGUAGUCAGCGCGACCUACUUCCUCGAACACUUCGGCCUCCUCAACGACGACGGAACCAAGGACCAAAAGCGGGUAGACGCCGUUUCUUCCAACGUCGUCUCCGUCCUUCAAGCUGGAGCGUUCUUCGGGGCGCUGGGCUCUGCACCACUCUCAGCUAAAAUUGGACGCAAGUACACGCUGUUCUUGUUCAGCGUGAUCUUUUGUGUUGGUGCCAUACUGACUACUGUGGCGGAGACUCCGGAACGCGGAUUAGCGGAGAUCUACGCUGGCAGAGUCAUCGCUGGCAUCGGCAUUGGCGCUAUCUCUGCGGUCGCGCCGGCGUUUGUGUCCGAGUGCUCGCCGAAGGAGGUACGAGGCAGGAUAACGGGUCUCUUCCAGAUCAUGGUCACGACUGGAGUCAUGAUCUCGUAUUUCGUCAACUAUGGCAUCGGCGUCCACAUACCGACAGGCGUCAACGUCUGGAGAAUUCCUUUCGCGCUUCAGCUUGUCCCAGCUGGGAUUAUGUUCUUCGGUCUCCUGACAGUCAAAGAAUCUCCGCGCUUCCUCGCCUCCGUCGGAAAGAACAAAGAGGCUUUGUGUACCCUAGCCUAUCUGCGUCGCGAACCAAUAGACUCCGAGGAGGUGCUCGCUGAGAUGGCAGAGAUCGAGGCCGCGAUCGAAGAGGAAUGCGAAGCAAGGAGAGACCUUGGACUGAAGGAAGCAUUUCUGGGGAAAGGAAAUCUUGUUCGGUUCGUGAUCGCGUUUGUGAUAUUCUUCUUCCAGCAGUGGACUGGGCAGAACUCUGUGAACUACUAUGCGCCGCAGAUCUUUGCUUCGAUCGGUUUCGCUGCUCGGAAGAGUUCCUUACUCGCCAGCGGGAUCUACGGAGUGAUCAAAGUCGUCGCAACCACCGUUUUCAUCAUCUUCGGCGUCGAAACUUUAGGCCGCAAGCGAUCGCUCUUCAUCUCAGCGAUGGGGAUGGGGACAUUCUUCUUCAUUAUAGGCGCCCUUCUCAAGACACACCCAGUGGCCUCGACCGGCACCCCCGAUGACGACAAUUCAUCGCCCCCGCCAGCGUCGAAAGCGAUGGCUGCGAUGCUGUAUAUCUACGUGUGCUUCUAUUCAAUGGGAUGGGGACCUUUGCCCUGGGUGUACGUUUCCGACAUCUUCCCCACUCGGACGAGGCACUACGGCCUCGCCCUUGCAAGUUCAUCGCAAUGGCUUUGGAAUUUCGUGAUCUCGAAGAUCACGCCUAACCUCGUCACAGCAUUGGGCUAUAAGCUAUUCCUCAUGUUCGCGAGCAUCAACAUUGGCGGAAUGGGACUGUUUUCUUUAUUGAUCCCGGAGACGAAGGGCCGGAGUCUGGAAGAAAUGGACAUCAUUUUUGGUUCGAUCUCCAAAGAGCAGAGGCAGGCCGAUAUCGAGAAGCGGACGAGAGAAAUGCAUCGGCCUGCGUCCAGUCAUUCGGCGUCGACAGAACAGAAAGUCUAA